UCAAUUUUUUCACCUCUGCGUCUGCUUUUGCUGCUUCGAAUUCAAUUCUCGAUUGUGAAUUCGUUUUGGUCGUUCUCGCCGUUCGUUCGUUUGGUUUUGGUCGUGCACUUCCUCCUCCAAUCCAUCGUCAGUUGUGUAAAAUUGCUGAAUUUCAAUACAGAAAAAAACAAAAAAACCUUUAUCAAAAUAAACACAAAUUAGAGUUUAUCUUGUUUAUAUAUAAAUUUCAAUUAAAAAGUAUUGUAGUUCUUACAAUCUCGGAGUUCAUAGUUGUGCUUUUAUUUUUUUCCUUAUCAUCGUCGUCGUCGUCGUUUGUUACAUCGCGCAAAAAUUCUCUACAACAGUGAAGUGUGUUUCCUCUUUUUUGUUGUUGGUUCUUUGCCUGUUAUUUAUUCCUGUUUUUCCAUUAUUCUCCUAAACUCCAACAACUCAUAACAAGGAAUCGUCCUAAAUAAUUCCCAAGGUUUUUCUCGUAUUCGUUGCUGGCUCACUGGUUGUUCCUUGAAAACAUCUGGCAGGCUUUUUUAUCGUGCACAAAAAAGAAAAACAAUAAUCUAACAGAAGCAGAAGGAAGAAAAGGGAAUUGAAACUGAAAUAAACGCGCUUCUUAGGAAUAAUAAAAUCGCCUAGGGGAGAAUUUUCUGUUGUUCAUCAACAUCACAUGAACAUCACUCGAAAGUCGACAAGACUCGCUCAACUCACCACCAGUUCCAGUAUCAGUACCAACACCAGCCACAGCCACACGAUUGGUUUUCCUUCUUUCCUUGCUUGCGUCGUCGUCUCUCGUCUCGUCUCGUUCUUGGUUUUUGUCCAUAACCAUAGUUCCGCUGCUGUCUCCUGAUUCUCUCCUCGUCCACGUUCUCCUGUGUGAUCUUUAUCUGUUUACAAUAAAAUUUGCGUUGCCCCUGUCUGUGUCUGUGCUGCCGCUGCACACCUCACCACCAUCAACAUCAUCCCUUGCUUCACAUUUUUAUAAGCAUAAAUAAAUUCGUACUUGUGCUUGCAUUGGAAACAAUUUAUUAACAAAUUUAUUUCACAGCCCAGGCUGAUUUGGAUAUAUUGCGUUUUCCUUGUCGUCUUGUCCCGCAUCGCCCAAAUCCAAGUAUAACAAACAAAGCUAUGUUAUCGCAAUUUUAUACACAAACAAAAUAAACAACAAAAAGUGAUUGCGCGUGAUUCAUCAAACAAAAUAAAGUAAACUCAGAUUUUAGUGAAUAAUUUGCCAUAAAUUGUGUUCAAACUCAAAUUACAAAAACAUCCACUGCCCGGGAGACAUCAUCUGAUAAACGACCGCGACCCAGCUAAAAAGCAGAACUACGUUCUCUGGAACUAUAACAAAAAUAAUCACAAAUAAUCUCGACUCGCGUCGUCGUCUCGCUCCUCUUCCAGUCGUUUGCCUUCGACAUCAACGAUUCUUUUCUGCAAUCGGUCUAUGGGAUUUGUUUAUCAUUUUCAAUUCAAAAAGAAGGAAAUAUAAGUUCGCUUCUCUCCGCGGGGGUAUUUUAACGGUUUUCCAAAAACAAAAAUCAUCUAACGUGUUUUCUUGGUCGGGUGCUAUUGACCUCGCUGUUGGUUGUUUCUCAAGGAUUUCGUGAUACACAUAAAAGAACAUUACGCUCUCUCUCACAACAUCGCACAUUUUUGCAAUGGGAAAACUUUUAAGUCUACUCGCUCGGGAUGAUUCCAAUUGUUGCACAGCAAAAUCUUACGAUGUAUUCCUAGAUUUUGAAAAUGCAGCUCCAACAGAUACAGAACUCGAAGUGUAUGCUGAAGUGGAUCAUGUGCUCAAGGAGUCCGAUGCUGUGCUGGAUGAAAUUCAAGUCUAUAAGGGUGCUGGAAAAGAAAUAAGAGAAGCUAUAGCUGACCCAUCGCCACAGUGCCAAGAAAAAGCCUGGAACGCUGUUCUGCCACUUGUGAUCAAACUGAAACGCUGCUAUGAACACUCACUGGAGCUGGAAAAAAUCGUACCAAAACUACUUGGCCAAUUGGUCGGUGGUAAAUUGAAUCCUACUCAACAUCUAGAAACACAACAGGCUCUAGUUAAGCAGUUGGCUGAAAUUCUUGAAUUCGUUCUUAAAUUCGAUGAAUACAAGAUGAAGACCCCAGCGAUACAGAAUGACUUUAGUUACUACAGACGCAUCGUGAGUCGCCAGCGUAUCGAUAGCACUAAUAACCUUCUGGUCAGCACAGAGCUAGCAAAUCGUAUGUCAUUAUUUUAUGCCCACGCGACACCAAUGCUGAAAGUACUUAGCGAAGCAACGUCGAAAUUCGUCGAAGACAAUGCUCAAGAUGUCGAGAAUACAACAGAAACUUUGGGCACAAUGGCGAAAGUUUGUCUUCGGAUGUUAGAAAACCCAAAACUUUUGUCUCAAAUUGAACGCGAAGAAACACAUCUUCUAGUCCUUAGAGUAAUGGUUGGCCUUGUCAUCCUCUACGAUCAUGUCCACCCGGUGGGAGCGUUCGCCCGUGGAGCACAUGUAGACGUCAAAGGAUGUGUACGAUUGCUGCAGGCCCAGCCCGCCAUCAAAGCAGAGCCACUCCUAAAUGCCCUGCGCUACACAACCAAACAUCUUAACGAGGAUAACACGCCGAAAACUAUCCGAAAUUUGCUAGCCGCAAAAUAGUCGGAAUUCUUCAUACCCGUUUCCGUUUAUUAUUAUAAUAUAACGAAUUUCAAAAUUGAGUGCUGAAUAAUUGCAUUUAGAAUGACAACAAUGAAAAAUCUUGUGAAGUUCUAAAACUGAUGAAAAAACAAAACAGUAUAUUGUUUUUAUUAUUAUUAUUUCUAUUUCUAUUUUUUUGUUUUGUAGAUUUUAAAAUUCAUUUUAAUAUUAAAUAAUAUAAAUUACCAAUUAGUAAUGUAACAAACAUUUAUUUUAAUAUAUCAAAAAUAAAAUUUAAAAUAUUUUCUUAAUUAAUAAGUAGAUUAUUAUCCAUUUUUUUGAGAAUUCUUAAAAUUCUUCUUAAACACAAGUUGAAAAAAAAACGUAAACAAAAAUGAAAAGUGUGAGUUCUAAAAAAUAUAAUCAUUGCUUGACCAAUUUAAAAAACAAAACACUCUGUAUUUUAAUUUUAUAAUUUAUUUAUAUUUAAUUGAAUGUAGUGUAAUUACUAGAGUCUGUUAAUUUUUUAGUUUUUUUUUUAAAAUGAGAAACCUUCCCUUUUUAUUAUUUUUGAAGAACAUUUUGCUGCGCAUAAUUUAGAAGAAAUCACCUUUUUAAAAUGUAGUAAAUAAAACACAACACACAAAACAGUAAUGCAUUUUUAGUAAAUAAAAACAAAAACAAAAACUAAAUUGAAAUUGAAAUUCCGUAAUAAAAAACUCAAAUUUUAGAUAAAAAUUAAAUUAUGCAACAAAAGAAAACAACAAAUUAUAGCAAAAAAGAAUGAAAAAUAAAAAUUUACAAUUAUAUCUAGCGUAAUUGAUACGGAAUUUAAAAAUUUAAAAAACAUACAAACAUUUGAUUAUUACGUAUUUAAAUCAAAAAAGAAAACAAUGUAUAGAUUAUGUACAUGAACAACAUCUCUUCGAGAAUAUAAUAUAACAAAUACCACAAAAUAUUAAUGCAUUUAUUAUAACAAAACAAGAAUAUAAACAAAUUAUAUUAUACAAAAUAAAAGAAAAAGGAGAAUUUGUUUUGCGUUUUUUGUACCAAAAAAUUAUAAUUAGAAUUGAAUAAAUAAAUGCAAACAUUUUUCUUGUUAUAUAAUUUUUUUUUUUGGAUGAAACAAAAAAAUAAUAUUUAAAUAUUUUUAGCCAACAAUACAGGCAUAGACUAUGAACUCCGAAUUUGUAUGUUUUUCUUUUUAUUGAUAAAUAAAUCUCUAGUUUACUUAUUGGAACUGAUGAUUGAGUGAACUAAUCAGAGGAGUUGUAGUGUGUUACGAUACCAAUAAGUGAUCAAAUAAAUAAAUGAACAAAAUAAUUAAAUAGUGCAA